AUGUCUAAAAAAGAAGUUCCGGUGGGUUCGUCGGGACGUGGGUGUGGAACAACUGGUUUGGGCGGAUGUGAAACCCAACUUACCAGUAAUGGUAAACGUGAUUGUCCAUGGUCUUACAAUCCGACUACUUCAACUCUGUCUGAGGUGCAUACAGGUAUGUCCGAUCGGGAUUGGCCUUCUUUGCAAAUUCACCAUGAUGGAAGUAUGGUACCACAGUCUAAUGGAGCAAAACCUACUGCGAAGGUUAAACCAACUAAUCCGAGCACGCAAACGACAACUGUAAAGAAUUCAAACGAUAGGCGGUCGAGUUUUACGCGUCAAAAGAAUAGGUGGACUACUGUAGCUUUGGAUUAUACGUAUUCCAAGGACAUUGGUGGUGACCAAAGGGUGGGUGGCGCUGGGAAAUCCAACAAGGCCUUUGGAUACCCAGUUGUAAUGAUUUACGCAACUCCUGAAAACUGCAUCGGCUUGGAGCAUUGUUCACCCCUCGUGACAUCGGCUCCUCCGGAUUCAACGGAUCAGAGUCUCCUCACUUCACUGCCUUCUCCUGGAGCGAUAAGUUUGCCGAAUUGGAUUCCAACAACUCAGGAUCCUGCAAAGACUAACGAGACUGCUUCAGUUCCACUUGGUUCCAGUCCUGCCUCGCUUUUUUUUCGACCUGGCGUCUUUCAUUUCGACCCAUCAAUACCCCUCUUGGAUAGUGACGCAAUCCUCCAAUCUCGGAUUUUGCAUCAGAUUGAGUUUUAUUUUAGCGAAGAUAACCUUGUCCGUGACACAUUUCUCAGAAGCCAUAUGGAUGAAGAUGGUUGGGUGCCCAUUUCAGUCAUAGCCAAGUUUAAUCGUGUGGCCUUGCUGUGUACCGACUUGGAAAAAAUAAUCAAUGCUCUCGUACCCAGUCAAAUAAUUGAAACAGACACCAAGGGGAUGCGCGUUCGUUGUCGGAACCGUCCAACUCAAUGGGUCAUUCGGAGUUUUUUGCGAGUCGCUGGUGGUCACACAAGAGAGGCAGAUUCAGCAGAUGAACCUGAAGCAGGUGGAUCAUUAACGUCCGAAACCCGGCCUACGAUCCCUCCUCCCAACCCCGAAGUCAUGGAUCUUAUGCCUUCCAUUGGUAAGCGCGUCCCCACGAAGCGUUGCACCAUCACACUUAUUAUUUAUUUAUACUCUUUAUUGAACCUUGAGUUUUUAUUACAAUUAUGGCUGUCCUCAUUUUAUUGA